AUGAGAUAUCAUCAGACCAUCCAUACAGUAGAGAAAUCACAUAAAUGUGAUGUUUAUGGAAAAGCCUUUAUUCGAAAACCAUACCUUACAACUCAUCAGAGAAUCCAUACUGGAGAGAAACCAUACAGAUGUAAUGAGUGUUGGAAAACCUUUUCUUGUGUCUCUCACCGCACAGAACAUCAGAGAAUCCAUACAGGUGCAAAACCAUAUCAAUGUGAUGUAUGUGGGAAAUGCUUUCAUCGAAGUUCAUACCUUUCAUUUCAUAAGAGAAUUCAUACUGGAGAGAAACCUUACAAAUGUAAUGAGUGUGGGAAAACCUUUCUUUGGCACUCAUAUCUCAGCGGUCCUGCAAUAAUCCAUACAGGAGACAGUCUAUAUAAAUGUGAUGUAUGUGGCAAUGUGUUCCCUCAGAAUUCAAAUCUGGUAAGACAUCGGAGAAUUCAUACUGGAGAGAAACCUUACAAAUGUAAUGAGUGUGGGAAAACCUUUCUUUGGUGCUCAUAUCUCAGGGGUCAUGCGAUAAUCCAUACAGGAGACAGUCUAUAUAAAUGUGAUGUAUGUGGCAAUGUGUUCUGUCAGAAUUCAAAUCUGGUAAGACAUCGGAGAAUUCAUACUGGAGAGAAACCUAACCAAUGUAAUGAGUGUGGCAAGUUCUUUUGUGAAAAAGCACACCUUACAAGUCAUCAGAGAAUUCAUUCUUGAGAGACAGCCUACAAAUGUAAUGAAUGUGGCAAGGUCUUUAGUCAAAAUGCAAUCCUUGCAAGUCAUCAGAAAAUUCAUACUGGAGAGAGACCUUAUGAGUGUUAA